UUGUGAAUUAUGCCGUUGCCUUACCAGAUUCUAUUUAAUAUCAUCACUAUUAACAGUCACCUUCUUCAAUUCAUCUAGAGAGAGAAAGUGUGAGAGAGAGAGAGAGAGGAGGGAGAGCCAUUAACGAUCUGCUUCUGUUCUUAAGGUGAAGAAGAAAUGGAGGGGAAGAAAAGCAAGUUAUCAGCACACUGGUGGUGGUUGGAUAGUCAGAGCAACAGUAUCCCAAGGAAAUCUCCAUGGCUACAUUCCACUCUUGCAGAGCUGGAUGAUAAAACGGAGGCAAUGCUUAAACUGAUYGAGGAAGAUGCUGAUUCUUUCGCAAAGCGUGCAGAGAUGUAUUACAAAAAACGACCMGAGCUUAUUACCAUCGUUGAAGAUCUCUAUCGAGCCCAUCGCUCACUAGCUGAAAAAUAUGAUCAAGUCAAGUUUGAUGCGGGUACCCGCCACAUAACUCCAUGGACAUCAUGUCCGUUACCCUUGUCCAAAUACCGAACAUCCCAAUUAAUAAAAGAAUCAGAGAAAUCAUACGACAGUUAUUCCGAGUCUUUCGACUUUGACCAUGAUUCUGAUUCGGUUGUAUCCGAAAUCGAUGAUCCUCAACAAGAAGAAAUCGAAGAUUUGAAGAAUUCAGAUGAAGAAGAAGAAGAAGUAGUGAAGCUGAGGGAAGAAAUAGAUAGGCUGAGACAAGAGAAUAAGGUUCAGAAGGAGCAGCUGAUUCAAAAAGACGAAGAGAAAAGAGAAGCAAUAAGACAGCUUAGUUUUUCUCUGGAUUUGCUUAAGCAAGAAAAUGUAGAUCUCAAAAGGGGUAUUUUGGGAAAAGCAAAAGAUUCUUUCAACAACAAAGCCAGCACCAACCCCUUUGAAUUCAACAAAUUGAAAGGGGUAUUUUGGGGAAAGCUAUUCAGUUCAGCUGCUGUUCCUCUAUAGAACAAAUUCAGCAGUACCCCCUAAAUAUUCCUUUCAMUCUCAGGUACAUUUUUCCAUGUUCUUCAUAUUCUUUGUCCCCAAAAAUUAGUUCAYUUCACAAAAUUUUCUUUUUCCCAAAGGUGUUUUUUCAAUAUUUUGACAAUAUUACAAAGCUACCCUCCAUUUUCUUUAGAUAAAAGUAGUCAUUUUGUURAUUUAUUUCAAAAAAGAUAGUAAAUUUGUUCAAACAGUUGUGAAGUGGAAUCGUUUUUUGGGAUGGUAUUCGUGUUUGGUCGUUAUGGGUCUUCGUUAAAUUGUUCGUAAUUGUGUACUUAAUUAGUCAUUCUUUGUGUACUUCAUGUUCAAUCUUAAUGAGUUAAUCUUUGUGUACUGUUAAGUAAUGCUAGAAAUGCUUCAAAUUCUAUAA